AUGGCAUCCAAAGAGAUUAUACUAUUUGCUAAACGAUUGGCUUCCAACGAGAAGAAGAUUCGCGAUCGAUCUGUUAGAAGGUUAAGGUUAUGGCUACAGAAAAGAUCCAAAGAGAUAGAUUUCGACGAAAUUGAAAUACUGAAAUUAUGGCGAGGACUCUUCUAUUGCAUGUGGAUGUCGGACAAACCAUUAAUUCAAGAAGAAUUAGCUGAUAUGUUGGCUUCCUUACUCUUUUGCUUUGAAGACGUGAAGAAAUGGUCAUUAUUCUUAAGCUCAUUUUAUAAUACCAUGUGCAGAGAAUGGAUUGGAAUUGAUAGAUUAAGGAUGGAUAAAUUUUACAUGUUAAUGAAAAAGAUGAUGAAACAAUCUCUAGUCGGGCUCCUAACGAAAGAUUGGGAUGAUAGUUGGGUUAAAGCUUUAAUAACUGUACUAUCCGAUGGACCUAUUCAUCCUACUGAGUUUAAGGUUUUAGAUGGAAUUCGCUUAUAUAUAACGGAAAUUUUCCUUGAUGAAUUGCUCUCACUUGAUCUAUCAAAGAUUUCUUGCGACCAAGUGGUAGAUCUACUGAAACCUUUUGUGACGCUCUCUGCUGAAGCUUGCAAUCACAGUAUAUUGAACACUAUCGAUGAAAAUAUUUAUCAACGUUUGCUAGAGGAAGACAUCAAAAGCAAGCUAUCAAAUUAUCAGGAUUUAUACUCAACCCUAGAAAAAAUUCUAUUCGAAUCAGGAAGUAAAAAAGAAGUUAAACCUCGAAACAGAAAAAUCUUAUAUAAUGGAAGUAAAAGGUUUAGGGAAGCUAAAGCUGCGUCAAUAGCUCAUGAUAAUCCUUCAAAUGCAACUGAACAAAUUCUCGAGGAAUCGUCGAGUGAAGAUAUCAAAACAGAAAAUAACUUAAAUUUUUCUAAGGAAAUCAUUGAACCUACGCAGGUAAACGAAACUGAUGAUACUGCCGGUAAUGUAUCCAAUACUAAGAGAAAAAAGAAGGAGGAGGCGCCUACUACUGGUGCGAAGAAAAAGAAAGUAAAGAAAACUGAAGUUAAAAUGACAAAAAGACCUAGAAAAGUUAAAACAGACUCUAAUCCUCUCAUUGCGAAAGCGAAAUCACUGAUUAAAUUCAAACCAAAGAAAUCUCCAGCUGGAACUGCACUUAAACUAUCGUCAGGCAAAAAGAAAGAACUAGAGAAAAAAGGCAAUGCACAAAAGAAGAAAAGCCGAACGCCGUCACCCUCUUCAGGAAAGAAAGUCAGAAUUAUGUUAAAAAAAAAUAAAACACAAGAAUUUCACAAAGAUGAACCGGCCAUUAACGUAUCACCAUUUCGAACGUUCAAUAUGCAAACCAGAUCAAAAGCAGAAAAUUUUUUUUAG